CGUGGCCGCAGGUGCUCUCCUGCGGAGGCCAGCGGCUAGCGGGAGGGGGGAACAUGGCGUCGGGUAGCGGUGUCCUGCGGCGGCUGCUGCACCUGUCGGCCGGGAACUGUCUCCUCCUCUUGCUGCUGCUCCUCCUCUUUCUCUGCGGCCAGCUCGGGGGAGGCCAGAAAAAGAAGGAGAAUCUUCUGGCUGAGAAGGUGGAACAGCUAAUGGAGUGGAGCUCAAGGCGCUCAGUCAUCCGCAUGAAUGGAGACAAAUUUCGAAGAUUUGUGAAGGCUCCACCUCGUAACUACUCCGUGAUAGUGAUGUUCACUGCUCUCCAGCCACAGCGGCAGUGCUCUGUUUGCAGGCAAGCUAAUGAAGAAUAUCAAGUUCUGGCUAAUUCGUGGCGCUAUUCGUCUGCUUUUUCAAACAAGCUGUUUUUCACAAUAGUGGAUUAUGAUGAAGGGGCGGAUGUUUUUCAACAGCUUAAUAUGAACUCUGCUCCGACUUUCAUGCAUUUUCCUCCAAAAGGUAAACCCAAGAGAGCUGACACAUUUGACCUGCAGAGAAUCGGAUUUGCGGCUGAACAGCUAGCGAAAUGGAUAGCUGACAGAACAGAUGUUCAUAUUAGAGUGUUCAGGCCUCCAAACUAUUCUGGUACAAUUGCUCUGGCUCUUCUGGUAUCUCUUGUUGGUGGAUUGUUGUAUCUACGAAGAAAUAAUUUAGAAUUCAUCUACAACAAAACUGGCUGGGCCAUGGCAGCUCUGUGUGUUGUAUUUGCUAUGACAUCUGGUCAGAUGUGGAAUCACAUCCGUGGGCCCCCAUAUGCUCAUAAGAAUCCCCAGAAUGGACAAGUGAGUUACAUACAUGGAAGCAGUCAGGCUCAAUUUGUUGCAGAAUCACACAUCAUUCUUCUACUGAAUGCUGCUAUUACCAUGGGAAUGGUACUCCUGAAUGAAGCUGCUACCUCCAAAGGGGAUGUUGGGAAGAGGAGAAUAAUAUGCCUAGUAGGCCUGGGGCUGGUGGUCUUUUUCUUCAGCUUCCUGUUGUCCAUAUUCCGCUCCAAAUACCAUGGCUACCCAUACAGCUUCUUAAUUAAGUGAAUUCAAGAGAGAUUCAUUUAGAGCUGCUUACCAUGAAGAUAACAUCAGUAAUACCAGCUUAUCUGCCUGCCACUGUUAGACGUAUUCAAGACUAUUUAGUUGGCUCAUCAGUUUCUGUGAUAAUUUGUAUAGUAUGCAGAGAAAUGAAUACAGUUUUAUGCAAUGAAUGCUUAAUUUAUAGAUAUAUACCAUAAAUAUCUCAUUGGGAAGUACUAAAAUGUUACAUAUAAUCUGUGCUCAAGAAUUUGAAUAAACUUCAUUAUAAGUCUUAA